UCAUUCAGCAAGCUCAGGAGCAGCAUGGAUAUAUAAGCAGGGGCACACCUGCUCCACAAUAACGACUUCGGACCUCCACUAACUGACCUCAGCCUGCUACCAAAGUUCAGGUGCCUUCAGACACUCCACAGCAUGCUGCCUGGGAGAGCGGCUCAUGUCCGGCACUGCGUCCUGACGAGCCGCUGGCUGCCCGCAGCUCUGGCGCUGCUGCUGCUGCUCUCCUCCAGCUUCAGCCGCGCUCACAGCACCACGGUGGAGCACGACUUCCACAUCGUCCACAAUGUCGACAACAGAAGUCCAGAGAUAGACCCGUUCUGGUACGUGGGACGUGGGGUGAGACCCAUCGGACGCUUCGGGAAGAGGCACAGCAGCGUGGAAGCUCUGGGCAGCGGGGGGAUGCAGCCCGUCGUCAGGACGCUGGAGCUGCUGCUCAACAGCCUCAGAAAUAAGGAGAACCUCGGAAAAGUGCUCGAUGAGGAGGGCAGGGAUUGGUUACCGUGACGACGUGUUCUCCCCCUCCCCUCCCCUCCCCUCCAUCCAACAAACUCUGAGUGUCUUCGUUUUUUUUUAACUUGAGGUUUUGCUCUAGCUCUUAACUCUUGUAUUUCUCUAUGGUGUCUGUAAUGAGAUUCAUCAGGUCCUUGAUGAAAUCAUUCUCCAAAAGAAUCUGUACAUAACAAAAAAUGCAUUCUAUAUUGAUUAAUAAAUCCAAAUGGUGUGAUUAUAUGA